GAUUCUGAAUCUGAUCCAUACUUAUUUAAAAAUGUGCAUCAUCAGAAGAUUCCACAUCUACAGUACAGUCCAGUAAAUCCUAAUAUGAUCUUUUCAUGCAGUUACGAUGGUUCAAUACGUUGUGGAGAUCUUGAAAACCGUGUUUUUAGUGAGGUGUAUGUUGAUAAAUAUUCAUCUUGCUCAUACUUUGAUUUUUUGUCACCUGUAUCAUUGAUUGUGGGGAAGAAAAGUGGAUGCAUUGAUGUGGUUGAUUUCCGAAAUGGAAAAUCAUCUGCAAAAAGUCAUGAAUGUCAUGGACAUCUAAUAGAAACUGUAAGCAUUCAUCCUAUAAAUAAACAUUAUUUUAUUACAGCCAUGCAUAGGACUGUUAGUGUAUGGGACUUGCGAAAGUUGCAGAGAAAACCUGUGGCUAGUAUAACUCAUCCCAAGAACACUACAAUUUCAGCUUAUUUCUCACCUGUAACAGGGAAUUCCAUACUUACAACAUUUUGUGAUCAUUCAUUAUGCCUUUUUGACAGUUCAUACUUAACAGUGAAAUUGUGGCUGAAAACGACAGUCAGGCAUGGUAAUUUCACUGGGCAAGCAACUUGGCUUCCUGAAACUGAUGAUGUUUUUAUGAUUGGAAGUGAGGCACAACCAGGAAGAAUACAAAUAUUGAAUGAUAACAUGAAAAAUAUUUAUAAUUUUAUGGAUGAAGAUUUGUCUGCUACAGCAGUUAAUAGAUUUCAUCCUAGUAAAUCAGUGCUAGCUGGAAGUAAUCCAAAUGGGAAAGUGUUUGUUUUCGUGGAUUCACAGUAACUUGUUUCAUGGAUUUAUAAAAUCACCCUACUUAAAAACCUUACAUGUAUGUUGUGUAAUGCUGGUAUCUUGUAUUUUAAACUGUUAACUAAGUUUGUAGUAGAUUUUUUAAUUGAAUCAUUUGUUUAAAUGUUUUGAUUUUGCAUUGCAUACGCAACUUUUGGCUCUUUUGCAUGAACUUUUUUUUUUUAACCCCAGUAUGUAACUUUAAAAAACUGAUUGGAAAGCUUUCAGUAAAUGAGUUACAGUCCCCCCAUAAAGUUGGACUUAAAUUGAAUACUAAAUUGAUAAUAUAAGUGUAAUACAUUUCUAUCCAUGCAAUAUACAUGCUAAUUUCUAAAAUACAUGCUAAUCUGAUGUGCAAUUUACUAGUUUUAAUUUUGCAUUUAAAUGAUAUCUAAAUUUGAAUUUUAAAAUUAUUUCAUAAGAGAAUGUACUAUUUCCAUAUUUAUAAAUCUCUAUUGAAUAAAGCUUAAUAGAAAUUGGA